AUGCACUCAAUUAGGGGAACGAGCAGAGAAUCCAAUUAUGAAGGCCAGGACAUAUUCAGCGACCUACCUGAUGUUAUUAUUGGUCGCAUUCUUUCCAUUCUUCCUACUAAAGAAGCCGUUCGUACGAGUAUUUUAUCCAAGAGAUGGAGAAACCUCUGGAAAUUUGUCACUAAGCUACACUUUCAAGAUAUAGAGCCAUACCGUCGCAAUAAGAUAGACAAAUUCCACUUUUUAGACUUUGUGUAUGGGGUACUAUUUCAUCUGAAUAAUACAAGAAUUCAAAGUUUCUCACUUUAUCUUUCAGAGAAAUAUGACCCUAAUCAUGUUAAUCGGUGGUUAGCUAAUAUUUUAAAUCGGGGAGUCACAGAGCUUUCAAUCAAUUCGGAAAAAGAUCUCAGCAUUUCCUCAUAUUCCAUUUUGGAAUCCCAGCCCUUAGAAAAAUUGGUGCUGAAGAUGAAAUUGGGUUUUUUCACAGUUCCCACCUUUGUUUAUCUCUCAUCCCUCAUCUUUCUCAAGUUGUCCGGAAUCAUAGUCAUAUGCAAUACCCCUUCUAAUGACUCAAAAAAUCUCACCCUUAACUUCCCAGUUCUUAGAGAGUGUGAGAUAGUGAAUUGCAGUUGGUUAAAUGUAGAAGGUGUCACUUUAGAAGUUCCUCUACUUGAAGUGCUUUCAAUAAAGCACACAAGAUCACUGUCUCCAGAUUUCCAUUCUAUAACCAAGGUUUGUGCCCCGCAUCUUAGAGAGUUAUCUUAUACUGGUCAUGGUCACCUGUUACGAGAUCCCACCUUGUUAGACCUAUCUGCAACACAUAUUUCUUCUGCUUAUAUUUAUCCGUGGCAUUCUAAACGGGAGACUGAAGAAAAAACUGUGCUUUUUGUUUGUGAGCUUCUGAAACAACUCAACAACAAUGUGGAUUGUCUAAAGAUUAGGUGGCCAAAGGAACUAUGGCAAUUUGAUGAGGAGCUUUUGAAUCCUGAAAAUGUUCCUUCGUGUUUUACAUCUAACCUUGAAGAGGUAAAGUUUAGAAAAUUAAAGGUGUUCAACAUGAGCUGCGUUUUGCCAAAUUUGUAA